UGUUGUCUGCUUCCUACCACCCCAGGUUGGCCGCUUCUGUGCAGCUGGUGAGCUGCCGGACUCCACCUCCCAGGUGCUGUGGGAGCGACUGUCACUCCGCGUCCCCGCAUCCAGACAGGAACGCCGUGCCGCUCUCACCAUCAUCGCCAUGAUCGCAAGCGCCGACCCGGACAUCGUGGGGAGUAACCUGGACGCCCUCGUGACUCUCGGCCUGGGUGACGAGGUGGAGGAGGUGGAGCAGGAGGAGGAGGAGAGGGGGGUGAAGGAGGUGGGGAAGGAGGUUAAGAAGAAAUCUCACCCCAUGGACUACGAGCUGGCUCUGGGAGUCUGCAGUGCCCUCUCUGCCCUAGCACGCCCUCACAAGGCGAGGGGAGGGGCCGAUGUGAAGUCGUUCCGCCUCCCUCACGGCCACACCGUGUUCACCCGGCUACAGCACGCACUGCUCACCGGCAUCUGCCAGGCCUCUCCCGGCUGGUUGCCCUUCGCCACUGAGGCGCUGUCUGUGAUCUACUCCCUCUCGGAGCAGCCGGAGGUCACGGGUGAGGCAGUGCUGAGGGGGGCCACCCUCUCGGUGCUGUCCCUGGCAGACCCCGCCGGCCACAACCUCCACCCCGGCCACAACCAGGGGGAGGAGGAGGGGGAGGAGGGUGGUGGUGGUGGUGGUGGUUGCAAGGAUCCUGAAGGCGGUGGUGGUGGAGGUGGUGAUUCCAGUAUUGUUGCGGAAGCAGCACCUACUGUAGCAGCAGCAGCAGCAGCAGCUGCAACAUCAGCAGCAGCAGCAGCAACAACAUCAGCAGCAGCAGCACCUACUGUAGCAGCAGCAGCAGCAGCUGCAACAUCAGCAGCAGCAGCAGCACCUACUGUAGCAGCAGCAGCAGCAACAUCAUCAUCAGCAGCAGCAGCUGCCGCUUGCGUUCCCACCGUGGCGCUGGUGCACCUGCUGUGGCUCGCAGGAGAGGUGGCACUCCGCCAGCUCGUCCACCUGGAUGGGCCGGUGUGCACGGAGCUGGUGCGACGUCGAGUUCAGUGCGAGGAGCAGGCUGAGAAGAAUCAGCAGCAGCAGCAGCAUCAGCAGCAGGUCAGCGCCAGCCUGCGCAAGGGCGCCAACCGGAGACACAGCCAGCGGCAGCAGGGUGGCAAGGAGAGCAUGGGUGAGGAUGAUCUGGGUCUCAGCGGGGCCUCUGCGGAGGACGUGGAAGGAGAGCUGAUCCGGCACGUGUGUGAGACCGAACUUCUGGCAGAAGGGAACUUACUGGCCGUGUUCGUUCCACUCCUGGACGCCGUCUGCACCAACCCGUCGCGCUACGGAGAGCCGGCUCUCCUUACGGCAGCCACGCUCUCCCUCGCCAAGUUCAUGACCCUCAGCCCCCAGCUCUGUGAGUCUCGCCUGCGGCUGCUGUUCACGGUGCUGGAGAGAAGUUCCCUGCCGGGCGUCAGAGCCAACACGAUGGUGGCCCUGGGCGACCUGGCGUUCAGAUUCCCCAACCUGCUGGAGCCGUGGACCGCCCACCUCUAUGCCAGGCUGAAGGACGACUGCGCCGUGGUGAGGUCUUGCUCCCUGCGAGUGCUCGCUCACCUCGUGGUGAGCGACAUGGUGAAGGUACGGGGACACAUCUCCAACGUAGCCGCUCUGCUCGUCGACAAGGACCCCUCCAUCGCCUCGCAAGCUAGAGCGUUCUUCACGGAGCUCGCAAAGAAGGACAACGCUCUGUACAACGCCUUGCCAGACAUUGUGAGCCGCCUCUCCGAUCCAGAGGAGGGGAUUGCAGAGGAACCAUUCCACACCGUCAUGCGGCAGCUGUUCAGCUACAUCCAGAAGGACCGCCAGGUGGAGAGUUUGGUGGAGAAGCUUUGCCAUCGCUUCCGGACCACCAGGUGAUGGACAACA